CAAGGUACAUAAUUCUUAUUUUAAAUUAUUUUCGCAAUUAAGAUUAUACUUAUUGAGUAUAUUUUGUCAACAGACAUCAGCAACAAAAUAUAAUGGAUCUAUUAGAAGAAUCAUUAUUAAAAUUAAGUGUAAAUACAGCAGAUAUAAGAUCAAAGGAUAUACAGGGAUUGUUGCUAGCAAUAAAAAAAACUAGUGUUAACAAAGAAUACUGUGAUCAAAUUUUGGAGAAGUUAUGUAUGCAUCUAGAAACUGGACUUCAAGAAUUUGAUGAUCAACUUCUUUGUUCUACUUGUUUUUAUAUAGUACUUAAUAAAUCUGACAACCAAGAAUUUUAUUUAAGAAAGGUGUUGAAAGUUAUGCAGUAUGAGUUGGAAAUAAAAGAAAAUGUUUUUGAAAAAUCUAGAAUUUCUUUGGCAAUAUCUUUGUGCUAUGGUAUAUUUCAAUCUACAUAUCUACUUCAACAGCAAGAAAAUUCUAAUAGUACAAUGGAGCAAACUAUAGAAGGGAUUUUUAAUUUAUUAAUACAAAAAGCUUAUGAAUACACUCAAUAUACAUUUAUUGCUUUCAAAAUCAUGACCUCUUUUAAAAAAGUUGUGGGAACUAAAUUUCAAGACAUUUUGUUUAACAAAGAUAACCAAGUAAAACUUUUAAAUCUGAUAAAUCAAAAUUGGGAGAAUCCCAUAACAGGUGUAAGAAAUUUAAAUAAGAUUGUUUUCCAAAACUUGUUACUAGUCUUGGACCAAGAUAUAUAUGAAUCGGUUUUUAAAGAAAUCAAUAGUUUUUACUGGAACAAAGCAAAAUUUCUGAUGCUAGCUGAAAUAAUAGAGCAUAGCAAAACUGAUAUUAAAUGUUUGGUUUCUGAAAAUCAAUGGCUUGAUGGACUUGUAUACAGCUUAUCUAAACCAGGUUUAGUAUCGGCCGGAGCUGAUAUGUAUAGUGCUGUUUUAAAAAAAAUUAACUCUGAAGAAACUUGGAUUUCCAUCUUCUUAGUAAAAAUUAUUGAAGUAUUCGGUGGCACCUGUUUUAAAACAAUUGAGAACUUCACUAACUAUUGGUGUUUAAAUACUUUAAAAAAAUUUCCGUCAGUAUGGCAGUUAUUAAUCGAUGAGUUAAAUAAUAUCAAUUACACAGAAUAUAAAUUAUACAGUAUUAUAUGUAUAACAAAGCAAGGCACCAAACUUGGAAUAUCAAAAGAAAACUUACCAAAUUGUAGUAGUGAAUUAAAAAUGGAAGAGAAUUGUGUUUUAUUUUUAGAACACUGUAAUACAUCAAUCAGAAUGUUGGCAUUUGAAAAUAUUUGUAUUUCUCAACCAAAUUUAUUACCACGUGAAAGUGAUUAUAAACUGAUACUGAAAUAUUUGUUUGACAAUAUAAACUCUGAUUGUACAGUGUUACGAAUAAGUAUGAUAAAUAAUCUAAAAAUAUUUUUGGAUAAAUUACAUGUUAUAUCUUUAAACACAAUUUCAAAAGAUAGUAACAAUGAUGUCCAAAAUAUGCUCUCCUUUUGUCAAAAUUUGCAAAUAUUGGUUAUAGAGUCCAUUAGUCUUAAUGGUAAUUAUCAAAGAAAAAUUACUUCCAUUAAAAUUACACAAACAAUAUUAAAAAGUUUUGUUGAAUUAAAACCUAAAAAAAAACAACAGGUAAGAGAAAUAAAUAUGUCCCUAAUUGCAUUUUUAAAAGAAAAUGGCUACUGGAAAUUAAAUGAUAACAGUCUGAUAAUGAAACUCGUGGAUUUAUUAAAAGAUCCAGCAAGUGAUGUUCAUGAAGGUGUUCUUCAAGUACUAUCGGAAUUUUACACAACAGAACUAUGUGAUUCAAGUAUAAUAAACUAUUUAAUAGAAGAGGCUUUAAAAUAUAUUUCAAGUAAAUUUUUCUAUGAAAUAAGUUGUGGUCAAAUCAUGUUUAAACUUGUUAUUAAUAUUUUAUUGACAACAAAAAAUAUGGAAAGUAAGUUUAAAAGUGUGGAAGAUAUUUUUUAUUAUGCCUUUAGUGAAAUCAAUACAGAAUAUGCUUCAAAAACAAAUGUAGUAAAAUCAAUUCAAGACGGAAAACAAUUACAUUCCUUUUUGAGCAUUUUGUCUAUAAUUUUUGAAUCCUCAAUCAAGAAUUCUGUACAAAUAAAAAUCACAAAAGACACUAUUUUCUCUCUACUAAAUGUAGUUGAUUGUAUUUCUAAUCAAUUUGUAUGGGAAGAGGAUUUAUCAACCAGUUCUGAUUUCUCAAAAAUGAGUGAUAUGGUGCAGAUUAUAAUCAGGGAGUCUGGUUUGAAAACUGAAAAUGAUGAUCAUACAAGAAUAUCAGAUUUACAUCAAAUUGUUUUAAAUUGUUUAUGGUUAAAUGUCAAGGCGUCAUGCGAAUUAGCCUCACUUAUGAUCCAAUACUAUAAACAUGAUAAAGAUAUUUGUGAGAAAUGUCUAAAUAUAAUUACUCAUGUUCUUGAAACAUCAAGACAUAAAGGUGCUAUUGAAGCGGCAGGAACUGUCCUUGGAGCAGGAAUUCAAUGUUUAUCUUCUCAAUCAGAUGACCGAGAGGUUUCGAAAUUGCCAUUUAGAUUAUUAAAAAAUAAAUUAAAUGAACUUUUGUUUGAAACAUCUAAAAUGUCAUCUGUAACUAGACGAGGUGCUGGCUUGUCUAUUAUGGUUCACAGAAUAGUCAGUAAUGAUCAUAAGAAAGGCAAGCCUCUAUUUCAUUAUUUUAUGAAAACUUUGUUGGAUGUUUGCAAGAACUUAGAUAAUACUCAAAAUAAAGAGGAGCCACUUGAGAUUAGCAAUGAAAAGGACUUACCGAAAGCUAUACAUAUACAUUUCUUAACAAGGAUUGUAACAGACAGCAGUUUGGCAUCUGAUACAAUGUAUUACACUGCUGAAUUAGCAGAACUAGCAUUUAAUAAUCUUAUAAAUGAUCACUGGCAAAUACGAAAUGCUGCACUGCAACUAUAUGGUGCCUUAAUACCAAAACUUAUUGGCCAGAAAAAGGCGUCCGGAAUUGAUGAAGAAACAGUAGCUACUGUAGCGUGUGAUGAAUUUAGAAGUCAUUCUCCUAAAUUAUGGGAGUAUAUUAUAAAACAAAUUAAAGAACAGGAUUUUGAAGAUAUUCUUCAAGCACAUUCCAAUUUAGUACCAAUACUAAAUGUAUUGGCAAGUCUUGCCAAGAGAUAUAACUUCUCAUAUGAUUUAAAAGACCAGGAGAAUUCUGAUUUUAAUUUUUUGCUUCAUCUUCUACCUUUAUUGGGCAGUCCAAUUUACACUGUUAGGAGAUUGACAUCUCAAUGUAUACCAAACAUAUAUUCAUUUGAACAAAUUAGUAGAGCUCUUGAAAACGUGCAAAUAUUAACGCAAAAUUUCUUGCAUGGUAUUCUAAUGUUAAUUUCAAAUUGUCAGAAAAUACAUUCUCACUGUAUAUCAAUGCAAUUAGAAAAAUUAAGCAAAAAAUAUCGAGAUAUUUUAAAGCAAACUAACCAGUCAUACAUGUGUAAAUGGGUACUAUCUAAGAUUUGUAAAAGAUCUGAAAAUAUUUCAAUUGAUUUAAUAAAAAAUAUUUUGCUUGAAGCAAAUAGAAAUAAAUAUGAACCAGGAGUAUCACUCUGGGCAAAUACAGAGAUUCAAAAAUGUUUAGAAAACAUGCCUUGGACGUUGGUUCCUGAAACAUUAGGUUUAAUAAUGAAUACACAAGAAUUUGAUGUGUAUUGUGAAACACUUCUUAAAAGAAUAAUAUAUAAUAUGCAGCCACCUGAAAAUGUUUUAUCAGAAAUCGUAGAAACAUUGUUGUCAUCCCAAAAGACUUCAAAUAGUUCAGCAAUAUGGAAAAUUCUUUAUUAUAUAUCUCUCAAAAUAAAUAUACACAAUCAAAAUUGUAAUAUCAAAAUAAUCGAUGCAUUGAUAGAACACCCUUCUUACAAACUCAGAUAUGUGAUUCCCUUUGCUACUAGAUUUAUGGUAAAGCAAAAAAAUAAUAACAGUUUAUUGCUUUUGUCAAAAACCCUAUACUUAUUAUGUAACCCUGAAAGCUAUGACAUAGACAUGAGGUAUAUAGCAGCAUUAGCUAAUAAUGAAUUUGGGUACAAUUUACAAAGUUAUCCAGAUGAAGUUAAAAUAAAUGCUAUAAAAUCUACAGUAGUUCUUUUGCAAGAUGAAGAUGAUGAUAUUAGAAGUUUAAGUGUAAACUUUUAUAAAAAUUUUAAAAAUGAAUUAAAACAUUCAUUUAUUUGUCUUAACAAUAUUUUAAAACACGACUUUUUAUGUAUAAUUCUAAAUGAACCAAAAUCUAGUAUACAAACAAUUUGUAAAGAUUUGUUAAAUUUUAUUGAUCAAAUAUGUACGAGUAAAAAUAAUGAAUAUAACCCCUUUUCAAAUGAUUCAAAAAAUAUUUAUCUCGAAAAAAGUUUAUUUAGAAAAACAUUACAAGAUCUAAGCAAAAUGUGUUCGUAAUAAAACUUUUUUAUUGACUAAUUAAAUAAUUAUGCUGAUUA